AUGGUGAGGCUUGUGCUCCCGAAUCCCGACUUAGAGAGUAGGAUAACGGCCCUUGAUGAGCUUGAUGUCAUUGAAAAAGAAGAAGCAGAUUCAAGACCCAAAUGGGACAACAAGGCUCAGUACAUGCUAACCUGUGUCGGCUUUUGUGUGGGGUUAGGAAAUGUGUGGCGAUUUCCUUACCUCUGCCAGAGUCAUGGAGGAGGAGCCUUCAUGAUCCCAUUCCUCAUUCUGCUGGUCCUUGAGGGUAUCCCACUGCUUCAUCUGGAGUUUGCCAUUGGACAGAGGCUAAGGAAGGGCAGUGUUGGUGUCUGGAGUUCGAUUCAUCCCACCCUUAAGGGAUUAGGCAUUGCUUCCAUGUUUGUCUCCUUUGUGGUAGGCUUGUACUACAAUACCAUCAUUGCCUGGAUCAUGUGGUAUUUCUUCAACUCUUUCCAAGAUCCCCUGCCUUGGAGUACAUGCCCACUCAGUGAAAACAAAACAGAAUAUACAGAGGAAUGUGCCAAGAGUUCUUCGGUGGAUUAUUUUUGGUAUCGAGAGACUUUAAAUAUUUCUACCUCCAUCGAUGACUCAGGAUAUAUUCAGUGGUGGAUCUUGCUGUGUUUGACAUGUGCUUGGAGUGUCCUUUAUGUGUGUACCAUCAGGGGCAUUGAAACAUCUGGAAAGGCUGUGUACAUCACAUCAACUCUUCCUUAUAUUGUUCUGACCAUUUUCCUUAUCCGUGGUUUGACACUGAAGGGGGCCACCAAUGGAAUUGUCUUCCUCUUCACGCCCAACGUCACAGAAUUGGUUAAUCCAGUCACCUGGUUGGAUGCUGGCGCCCAAGUGUUCUACUCAUUCUCUCUGGCCUUCGGAGGCCUCAUUUCAUUCUCCAGUUACAAUUCUGUGCACAACAACUGUGAGAUGGAUUCUGUGAUUAUUUCUGUGAUCAAUGGCUUCACAUCUGUCUAUGCUGCGACUGUGGUAUAUUCCAUCAUUGGAUUCCGGGCCACCAAGAGAUAUGAUGACUGCUUCAGUCAAAACAUCCUGACCUUGACCAAUGGAUUUGAUUUGCCUGAAGAUAAUGUCACACAGGACAACUUUGAAGAAAUGAAACUUUGGUGUAAUGCAACCGACCCCGCUGCCUUUGCACAGUUGACUUUUGCAACAUGUGACAUAAAUUCUUUUCUAUCAGAAGGAGUAGAGGGAACUGGUUUGGCCUUCAUUGUCUUCACUGAAGCCAUCACCAAAAUGCCACUCUCACCUCUGUGGUCUGUCCUCUUCUUCAUAAUGCUGUUCUGUUUGGGCUUAUCAUCUAUGUUUGGAAACAUGGAGGGUGUAGUUGUUCCCCUGCUGGACCUCAAGAUCGUCCCUAAAAAAUGUCCUAAGGAACUUCUAACAGGUCUAAUUUGUUUGGUGAUGUACCUCACUGCCUUUAUUUUCACUCUGAACUCGGGACAGUACUGGCUCUCCCUGCUAGAUAGCUAUGCUGGAUCCAUCCCCCUGCUCAUCAUUGCCUUUUGUGAAAUGUUUUCAGUUGUUUACAUUUAUGGAAUAGACAGGUUCAACAAGGAUAUUGAGUUUAUGAUUGGUCAUAAGCCAAAUAUCUUCUGGCAGGUCACCUGGAGGGUAGUCAGUCCUCUCAUCAUGCUAGUUAUAUUCCUGUUCUACUUUGUUAUAAAAGUCAACGAGGAAUUGAUAUACAGCAUCUGGAACCCUGCAUACGAGGAAUUUCCUAAAUUAGAAAAACAGCCCUAUCCUAGCUGGGUGUAUGCUGUCGUGGUCUUUGUAGCGGGAAUCCCAUGCCUCACCAUCCCCUUCUUCGCCAUCUACACAUUCAUCAGGAAUUGUUGGCAAAAGAAGAAUGACCAGCAAGGACUUGUCACUGCCCAUUCUGUUCCCUCUGUGAAUGGAGACCUAAAAUAUUAA